AUGUCAUUUUUCAGAGUCCAGGUUUGUUUACCUUGUUUUUGAUACCUAUCGUAUAGAAAUGGCGGACCUUUGCACGCCAGUGGUAUCUUUAUGAUGCGUAUAUGCAGUGCCCCAUGUUGUCCGGUGAGAAAAUUGCAGCUUAUCUCAAGGGGACCCAUAAGCGUAUCUACGACCCAAGAGGCGACGUCGGAGACAGUGUUAUAGUUUUUAAUAGCCGAAAUAUUGCUGCAAAAGACAACAGUUCGUACUGGAGACGUUUCCUGUACACCACGCACACACGGUACUUUUCUGUACACAUGUGUAUUUUUGGUUUUCCAGGUUUGGUCCCUUCCGUGUUGAAGACACCAUGGCUGAGUUGCACAAACGCGAUCCGACCGAAGUUAGUCUGUUGUACUACAGGACUUUUUAUUACCUAAUACUUAUAUAACGCCGUUUUGUCGACGUCUGUUGCAUUCUAUACAGAAUGCGCACCUGCGCUAAGCCUCUAAUAGAUAGCGCAUUUCCCGAUCCAGAAUUGCGCAUCUUUUUUAAAAGUCGUAACAAUCUUAAUCAGGAAAUGUCUCUGGAUGUGCCGACAAAACUGCCACCAGGCGCAUUAGGACUGUCCCGGCCUCUGUUUCAAUGGGUGGUUAAACUAAUCAAACCACUGUUUUCAGGUCUUAGGAUAUUAUUUUUGUGCAUUAUUUACUUUUCUGAAACUAUAGUUGGGCUGUUCGUACAUCCUCUUGCUGUGGGGUUUUCUGCUUAGACUUGGAUUCUAAUCUCUGCUGCUGUUAGUUUCCACGGAGUCUCCGAAUAGUCAAUAUAUCGUCUUCUAUUUCCUGGUCCCGAGGCACUGUGUGAAAUCAAGAAUCGCACCGUGCUGUCUGUGUCCGUAUGUGCAUUUUCGCGGUUCAAAUAGCUGCUUAGGUCCACCUGCUACUUCAUGACCCAAUAAGUCCUGCGCUACGCUGAUAACCGCCAGCGUCGUCGUUAACUAAGUGUGGGAAAAGUACUCUACCUCCGCGCGGGCAUUUUAAACCACUUCUAGUCAAGCUGGUGCAGACGCGAGUAAUACUUGCCUUUGGGCAAGUAGCUAUUUUCCCUUUGACUGCAAAAAUCCUGAGGCGAAUGCUCUGCGUGAAUAUACGCAUACUUUGCCGUAAGGUUUUGAGCUAAUUUCAGACGUCAAAUCUUCACGCACUUAAAAAAUGCCCUCUAAGUGUGGCUUCCUCGACUUGCCCAACGAAUAAAUAAUUUUGUUGAUUUGUCCUAUGAUUACUUGCCUGAUAUAGUUUUCACCAAUAAGAACUAGACAAUGCACUUUGCAAACUGCUAUCGACUACAUUUCCGGUAGGCAUUUCUCAUUAGAGAUAAUGAAGGUCCAGACACAAAGCACGAAUUUGCACACGGUGUUUCCAAUGAAAAUUGCAAAUUACAUAUCGUAUUUUAGGUGAUCAGACGGGAAAUUCGUGUCCAUCUGCCCAACCGUGUAGCCAGACCCGACUGGCUCGCGCGCCUCCAUAUUUUCCCCGACGGUAUUGAAGUGAGUCACUGAGCCUUACGAUUUUCCUGCGGUCGUACCCAAAAUUCAUUAUCUUCACGUCGCACGGAGCACCUUUGUCUCUUUUAAGGCUUGCUUUUUCCACCGAAUAUAAUACAAUGAUAAGGUCAGUAGCACAGUCACAUACCACACAAUGCUCGUUUAUUUGCAGCUGGCUGGAAACGCAUAACAAACUGGAGCCCCUAUGGGGUCACCCAUUUCUAGCUUCCUAGCUGAGAUCUCCAGUCGCUUUGUUUGACGACGGUUUGGUGUCACCAGCUUAAAAAUGCAUAGUACAACUCGGCGUUAUUCCAAAAAGCCUCAUCUUUUUCGUGCAUACUCGGGCGGUAGUGAGCAACUUCAUAGGCCUCUGGGCGAUGAACUACGGUCGACCUAGUUGUCGACUAUGUGCGGGGACGUGUGGGAGCACACCUUGUUGUCUCAUUGCUGGCUCAUUCUCGCGCAUCUCAUGUCAGUCAUAUCGCAAUAGCAGCAGGGCACCAAUUCUCAAAAAUCGUCUUUCCGCAUAUUUCCAUUCAGACCGUGCCAGAGGAGCUGUUGAAGAACGUUUCUGGAGUGAUCCGCCAGGUCAUGCCCGUCCCCAAACGUCUGGACUCCUACACAGCGGAAGAAAUAGAGAACUAUCCUAAGCUGUUUGAUUGGUAUGUUCACCAGCGUACUUACAUUUAUUAUAGUCCCUUCUCAUUUUAUUCGGUGCGCCUGCUGUAGAAACGUGGAUCUGUAGCCUGUGUGAAUGCGCUAAUGAACGGCAUAACCUUAAUCAAUACAAGCAAUACUCUGACCUCUAAAUUGACCUUCCAAGCAAGAGCUAACGUCGCGGUAACUAAGGGAACUAUGAUAUUAAAGGAUAAGUUUUGGGCGAUAAUUUAUCCUGAAAUAUAGAAUUGACUUAGUUGGGAAACUUAGAAAUCUGGGCUAAAUGCAAGGAAUUACCUAGAAUGCCGGGACGGUGGCACCAAAUAGUCCGCCUCGGACCUCAACCUCGACUCGUUUCCGAGACUAGACAACAAACUGACGACUCCACGAAAUAUUUGGAAAAUUUCUUAUCGCCAGUUCGCUUGCCUUAUGACAAGCUAUUCCGUGGUGACUGGUUCACCAAAUGAUGAAUUAGGCCUCACACUAUACAAUUUAAAUUCAAAAGCACCAAUAAAUUUGUUGUAGUCCUGUCCUUUUAUCAGAACGCAAGUCCUAAUUGCAUCUACCUUUCGAUUUUCAGGCCAGAUGACUAUGCUGUUAGUCGGUUGAGUCCCCUUACGAAGCCACGUCCACGAGCUGGAAAGACUCCCAAAUAG